UGUGACGUGUAAUCUUGUGGAUGGAACACUUCUUCAACAACUGCAGCCACCUCGUUAGCUCGCUAGCCAACAAAGUCGGAACAUUCAAGUUCUUUAGACAAUUUCGUGGUUUAUUUGCCACUAUGAUUUAAACAUACUUAUGUGGAAACAACUAGCUACCCCAUUUAAUUUAAUAUUUACGUUGUAAGUCAGUUAGUUGGCUGGUUAAGUUAGCAAUAGUCUAGUCGCUAAUGCUAACUAGCUAUUAUACCCGACCAUGAGCUCACUAAGCUACUCUUCUCCUGAUAAAGAAGAGGAUGUCUGCUGUACGGAGAAAGAAGCUCUGGUGAAAGAGGAGGAGGAAGAGGAGGCUGUUACAGUGAAAGAAGAAGAGAAAGACGUUACAGUGAAUGAAGAGAAAGACGCGUUCAGGGUGAAAGAGGAGGAGGAAGAUGCCGUUUUUGGAGUGGAGGAUGAAGUGAAAGAAGAUGAAGAUGUUUUUGGAAUGAAGGAUGAAGAGGGGGAGAUUACUGUCACAUUAGAGGAGGACGAAGAAGAGAAGACUGGAGAACUGACUAACACCAGUAAAUACAGUGAGUGCUAUCUUAACAGGGACAUUGACCUGAUUAACACCAGUAAAUACAGAGAGAGAAGUGACUAUCGUGGAUCCUCUGGGGAGCCUCAACAACCUCAUGAUGCUGACAAGGCAGAGAAGAGUCUCUCCACAUCAGAACACCUCAAGAAACACCAGCGGAGACCCACAGGGAAGAAAUCUCACCGCUGCUCUGACUGUGGGAAGAGAUUCACCUCCUCAGCAGGCAUUAAAAUUCAUCAGAGAAUCCACACAGGAGAGAAAUCAUAUAGCUGUGAUCAAUGUGAGAAGAGUUUUACUACAUCUAGCCAUCUGACUGUACACCAGAGAACACACACAGGAGAGAAACCUUAUAGCUGUGAUCAAUGUGAGAAGAGUUUUACUACAUCUAGCCAUCGGACUGUACACCAGAGAACACACACAGGAGAGAAAUAUUUUAGCUGUGCUCAAUGUGAGAAGAGUUUUACUACAUCUAGUCAUCUGGCUGUACACCAGAGAACACACACAGGAGAGAAACCUCAUAGCUGUAAUCAGUGUGGGAAGAGAUACACUGAUAAAAGAAAUCUGAUUACACAUCAGAAAAUACAUUGUCAGAACAGAAAUGACAAGAUGUUAUAAUAUUAUUGCGUCAGAAUUGGGGGUUGCUCGGGGGAGCUCUUUUUUUUUAACAAAAAGUGACAAACAAAAUACUUGUUAAACUUAUCGCUAAAAGUUAUCUCCAAUUUACAUGUGUUUUUUUAGUUGUGUUAGUUUCAACAUCACAUACAACCUGAUUGAUAUCAGUGAUUUAUAAUAUUCAUCCAAUAUUUGUUCGGUUGUAGUUGAAAGUGAAAGUUGAAAAGAUGACCUACUGGGGAACAGAGGGUUAACUGACUUAUUAACAAUGAUGACCUACUGGGGAACAGAGGGUUAACUGACUUAUUAACAAUGAUGACCUACCGGGGAACAGAGGGUUAACUGACUUAUUAACAAUGAUGACCUACUGGGGAAAAGAGGGUUAACUGACUUAUUAACAAUGAUGACCUACUGGGGAACAGAGGGUUAACUGACUUAUUAACAAUGAUGACCUACUGGGGAACAGAGGGUUAACUGACUUAUUAACAAUGAAUACCUACUGGGGAACAGAGGGUUAACUGACUUAUUAACAAUGAUGACCUACCGGGGAACAGAGGGUUAACUGACUUAUUAACAAUGAUGACCUACUGGGGAACAGAGGGUUAACUGACUUAUUAACAAUGAUGACCUACUGGGGAACAGAGGAUUAACUGACUUAUUAACAAUGAUGACCUACUGGGGAACAGAGGGUUAACUGACUUAUUAACAAUGAUGACCUACUGGGGAACAGAGGGUUAACUGACUUAUUAACAAUGAUGACCUACUGGGGAACAGAGGGUUAACUGACUUAUUAACAAUGAUGACCUACUGGGGAACAGAGGGUUAACUGACUUAUUAACAAUGAUGACCUACUGGGGAACAGAGGGUUAACUGACUUAUUAACAAUGAUGACCUACUGGGGAACAGAGGGUUAACUGACUUAUUAGCAAUGAUGACCUACUGGGGAACAGAGGGUUAACUGACUUAUUAACAAUGAUGACCUACUGGGGAACAGAGGGUUAACUGACUUAUUAACAAUGAUGACCUACUGGGGAACAGAGGGUUAACUGACUUAUUAACAAUGAUGACCUACUGGGGAACAGAGGAUUAACUGACUUAUUAACAAUGAUGACCUACUGGGGAACAGAGGAUUAACUGACUUAUUAACAAUGAUGACCUACUGGGGAACAGAGGGUUAACUGACUUAUUAACAAUGAUGACCUACUGGGGAACAGAGGGUUAACUGACUUAUUAACAAUGAUGUCCUAUUGGGGAACAGAGGGUUAACUGACUUAUUAACAAUGAUGACCUACUGGGGAACAGAGGGUUAACUGACUUAUUAACAAUGAUGACCUACUGGGGAACAGAGGGUUAACUGACUCAUUAACAAUAAAAAAAUAACUGCCUUGUUCAGGUGUUUUUACCGUGUCAGGGAUUCAAUCUAACCUGUUAAAUUAAGGUUAAAAGAAAAAGAAAAAAACAAUGACUUGAAAACAACUUAAUUUCAAUAAUUGUUGCAGAUGUUUGUGUAUAUACACAUGGACGCAGUAUAAUAAAUUGGACUAUAAUCAAUUUUAUUAACAAUCUGACAUCACUCCAGUAUUUCUUGACAACAUUCAAGCGCUAAUUGUAUUUAUUCCACUACUGAAGAAGCAUGACUCAAAUCACCUACUCAUAUUUCAAACAUCCAGCCUAACAAAAGAUACAUGUUUUAUUAUUCCAUGCCUCACCCUUAAGUGAAGUAUUGCCAAUACAUAUUAACAAAGGGGUGUAUAUUUGGUUUUGAUAUUUCAUAUUUACAAUUCAUGUAACAUUUAGUAAUCAUAAUUAUUUAUGCAAACAGCUAACAAUUUUUGGGUACAAUUAUAUUCACGUUGUUGCCCCGCUUUUAGAUAUAAUUAUAUUGAAGUUGUUAACCUUCUCUUAGAAUAUCAGGAUUCAUUCUCAGAUGUACCAACCCAAAUGCAUGACAUUGGGGACUGGGCCCCGAUCCAACAACAUGCCUAUCUAGUGAACCCUGAAAAGAGAGAGAAGCUCCGCAGUGAGGUGAAAAGUUACUACGGAUAUUGCAGGUGUUGGUUGCUGAUUGUCUCAAGGGUGGGGAGUCAACAAGUUUUGCGUUUAGCCAGUGCGUCGCCAUGGAUCACAAUUUAUUUUGUUCCAAGGGGACGAGAGUUCUAGAACUAAGUGAGUUUUAGGAAGAUGAGAGUUCUAGAAGCUUGUGGGGGGAAAAUAUAGGAUCUAUUUGUUGUCUUAAGGGGGAAAAUGUUACAUUCAUGUUUUGAGGUUGGACUUUAUCACGUAUAGCACCUAUAGCACGUAUAACUCGUUAGCACGUUGGGCGCGCUGAUUGGUGUCACCUCGUUAGUCAGUAUGUGUUACACCUGUGCUGGCUUGUCCAUCUCGUUAGUGGGAAGGUGUUUCACCUGAGCUGGUCCAGGUUCUAUUUAAGAGUGUCUGGCCCAGUGCUCUAGUUGUCUUGAUAGAUGUGGAGAGUCAACACCUUUAGUUGCUCUACUUUUUUGGUUUACUUCCUGUCUUUAAGUUAGGUGUGGGUUUUUAUUUUGUUUGCCUCUUUUUGGGCAGAUUUAGUGGGUCUCAUGGUGGGUGUCUUUUAGGUCCCAGUUGUUGUUGCUAGUCAACUUUCAGUGGACACCCCCAUAGUGUCUUUCAGAACCCCUCCUAAAAAAACAAGCUUGUAUUUUGGGUUGGUGUUAAAGGAAUUUAGAUUCCUGUUUAUUAAUCAAUUCAAUUAAAACACUCUGCCCAUAAAUAAGAAUUUGUAAGAUAAUUAUCUGCAUAAAAUGGACAGAUACCAGUCUUAAAAUCAAUCAAUCAAUAGCGUUUAUUCUCGAGAGUACUGAAUCAUAGUACAAUUUACAUCAGGUUAUAUAAUACAGAUGAUGUCAUAGGUUUUAAUGUCCAUCCUCCUCUAGAAUACAAUGGCAAUACAGUUCACAGCCUCAUUACUGUCUGCCACCUGUUAAACUAUCUGCAACCAACUCAAGGUCUUUCCCCUCCCUGGGUAGAGACAGAAUGUCCUGUAAGGAACACAGCAUUCCAGCCUGUCUGAAGAUAACUCCAUUCUUUCUAAUAAGGAACAUAUUACACUCGGCAUUAUGAUUAUAAUACGUUUCAUUCAUACAGUAACAUCUAAGUCAAAUGUAUACAUAUUUUAGUCAUUAAACACAUCCAAUUAAUAUUUUAAUCAAUGGCAUUUCCUUAGGAUGCUCAUUAGUCUUUCAGUUCUUAGUCUUCUGUUUGUUGUGUACUAAAUAUUUGUUUCUUUUCUCCUGUAAAGCCAUUGUGUUGCAUCGAUGUCUGAAAUGUGCUGUAUAAAUAAAGCUUGAUUUGAUUUCAACAAAUUAACCCAAUUAA